ACUGUUCACGCCUGCCAUCCUCAUCCCUACAUCGACCUCACAAAACUCGCCUAAUUCUCCGACCCAAAUUCAGCUCUCAAGAUGGGUAAAGGCGGUCGCAUGAUCUGCAUCUUCACUCCAUACGUCCUCACUAUCGCCGCCUUAAUAUGUCUUAUCGUUGUGGGCCUUGGCUCUACUGACAAUGGCACCGACUCUCUUCGCGACCUCUACUUUUUCAGGGCCGAUCUGCAAGAUCUGAAUAGUUCCGCACCUAUACAAAACUCCGUUUCUAGCGUCCUCGAUGAUCUGAACAUUUCCGUCGACGAUGGCGAUCUUGGGUCCGCUUUAGAAGAAGUCGAGCAGUACUUCAACAUCCCUGAUUUCUACAAUAUCGGUCUUUUCGGCUACUGCCAGGGCAACGUCACCAACAACAACGACUACCGCGUCACCAACUGCUCUUCUCCAGAAGCACAGUUCUGGUUCGACCCCGUUGAAGUCUGGAAUCUCAAAACCCUUGGCCUGCAGAACGCCAUUCCCGACGACCUCCAGGAUGCACUGAAUGUGUACAAGAACGUCUCCAAAUGGAUGUGCAUUGCCUAUAUCAUCGCCUUCGCCGCUACAGGUCUUGAGAUCCUCCUCGGUAUCACGGCCAUCUUCAGCCGUUGGGGAUCCUGUGUGACGACCCUCGUCGCCAUCGCAGCGUUCCUCUUCACCGCCGCCGCCUCGGCUACUUCGACCGCCAUGUUCGCCGUUAUCGCUGGAGUCUUCAACGACAAGAUCAAGCCGUACGGGAUCGACGGACACAUGGGCCGCAACAUCUACGCCGCCACCUGGCUCGCCACUGCUUUCUCGCUUGCUGCUGCUUUGUUCUGGGCCAUCAGCUCCUGCUGCUGCUCCGGCCGCUCGCCAUAUAACCACCGUCACGGCCGCAACCGUGGUGGCAUCACUGCCGAGAAGGCGCCUUACACCUACGAGCCCGUCGGCGAAGGCUACCCUUCGCCUCAACCGCCUUUCCACGCCAGCGCCCCUAACUACUCUGCGCAGCAGCGGCCAACCGCCUAUGAGCCAUACCGCCACGUCUAAAACACAAAAAUAAGAAAACAAGCAGAAAAUUAUCUUUGGCUCGAUUCCUCUUCGAGUGAAGAGUGACGACAUUAUGCAAGUUGCACUGACUUGAUUUAUACCUGGAAUAUGCUUCGAUUGCAUUGGAUAUGGAUAUGGAUAUGGAAAGGCUUCUUCAUUUUUGUUUUAUUAUCUAUCUAUUCGUCAAUGGCUGGCUCGGCAUGGUUUGGGAUGUAGAUAGAUUUUUUAUGAUAACGAUACCCUGAGAAUGAACAAGUCAUUAGAAG